AUGACCUCUUUGGCCCUCUCCUCCUGGUCCUCACCUGGUCUCCUCCUGGCCUCUCCUCUGGGUCCUCACCUCUCCUCUCCUCUUGGUCCUCACCUGGUCUCCUCCUGGUCCUCUCCUCUUGGUCCUCACCUCUUGGCCCUCUCCUCCUGGUCCUCACCUGGUCUCCUCCUGGCCCUCUCCUGGUCCUCACCUGGGUCUCCUCCUGGUCCUCUCUCUGGUCCUCACUCUUGGCCCUCUCCUCCUGGUCCUCACCUGGUCUCCCUGGGCCUCUCUUAUUGGUCCUCUCCUCUCCUCCUGGUCCUCACCUGGUCUCUCUGGUCCUCUCCUCUCCUCCAUCUUGGCCCUCCUCACCUGGUCUCCUCCUGGUCCUCUCCUCUUGGUCCUCACCCCUCUUGGCCCUCUCCUCCUGGUCUCUCACCUGGCCCCCUCUCUCCCUCCUGGUCCUCUCCUCUCCUCUUGGUCCUCACCUCUGGCCUCUCCUCCUGGUCUUCACCUGGUGCUCCUGGUUCCUCCCUCUUGGUCCUCCUCCUGGCCUCUCCUCCUGGUCCUCACCUGGUCCUCACUCUGGCCCUCUCCUCUUGGUCUCACCUCUCUUCUGGCCCUCUCCUCCUGGUCCUCACCUGGGUCUCCUCCUGGUCACUCUCCUCUUGGUCCUCACAUCUUGGCCCUCUCCUCCUGGUCCUCACCUGGUCUCUCCUGGUCCUCUUGGCCUCCUCCUGGUCCUCACUUGGUCUCCUCCUGGCCCUCUCCUCCUGGUCUCACCUGGUUCUCCUGGUCCUCUCCUCUGGUCCUCUCUCCUCCUGGUCCUCUCCUCUUGGUCCUCACCUCCUCUUGGCCCUCUCCUCCUGGUCCUCACCUGGUCUCCUCCUGGUCCUCUCCUCUUGGUCCUCACCUCUCCUGGUCCUCUCCUCUUGGUCCUCUCCUCCUGGCCCUCUCCUCCUGGUCCUCACCUGGUCCUCCUCCUGGGUCUCCUCCUGGCCCUCUCUCCUCCUGGUCCUCUCCUGGGUCCUCACCUCCUCCUCUGGUCCUCACUGUCUCCUCUGGUCCUCCUCACCUGGUCUCCUCCUGGCCCUCUCCCUCACUUGGUCCUCACCUGGUCUCCCUCCUGGUCCCUCUCCUCUUGGUCCUCACCUCCUCCUGGGCCCUCCCUCCUCCCACCUCUUGGCCCUCUACUCCUGGUCCUCACCUGGUCUCCUCCUGGUCCUCUCCUCUUGGUCCUCACCUCUUGGCCCUCUCCUCCUGGUCCUCACCUGGUCUCCUCCUGGCCCUCUCUCUUGGUCCUCACCUCUUGGCCCUCUCCUCCUGGUCCUCACCUGGUUUCCUCCUGGUCCUCUCCUCUUGGUCCUCACCUCUUGGCCCUCUCCUCCUGGUCCUCACCUGGUCUCCUCCUGGUCCUCACCUCUUGGCCCUCUCCUCCUGGUCCUCACUUGGUCUCCUCCUGGCCCUCUCCUCCUGGUCCUCACCUGGUCUCCUCCUGGUCCUCUCCUCUUGGUCCUCACCUCUUGGCCCUCUCCUCCUGGUCCUCACCUGGUCUCCUCCUGGUCCUCUCCUCUUGGUCCUCUCCUCCUGGUCCUCACCUGGUCUCCUCCUGAUCCUCUCCUCUUGGUCCUCACCUCUUGGCCCUCUCCUCCUGGUCCUCACCUGGUCUCCUCCUGGCCCUCUCUCAUCCUGGUCCUCACCUGGUCUCCUCCUGGUCCUCACCUCUUGGCCCUCUCCUCCUGGCCCUCUCCUCCUGGUCCUCACCUGGUCUCCUCCUGGUCCUCUCCUCCUGGUCCUCACCUCUUGGCCCUCUCCUCCUGGUCCUCACCUGGUCUCCUCCUGGUCCUCUCCUCUGGUCCUCACCUCUUGGCCCUCUCCUCCUGGUCCUCACCUGGUCUCCUCCUGGUCCUCUCCUCUUGGUCCUCACCUCUUGGCCCUCUCCUCCUGGUCCUCACUUGGUCUCCUCCUGGCCCUCUCCUCCUGGUCCUCACCUGGUCUCCUCCUGGUCCUCUCCUCUUGGUCCUCACCUCUUGGCCCUCUCCUCCUGGUCUCCUCCUGGUCCUCUCCUCUUGGUCCUCACCUCUUGGCCCUCUCCUCCUGGUCCUCACCUGGUCUCCUCCUGGUCCUCUCCUCUUGGUCCUCACCUCUUGGCCCUCUCCUCCUGGUCCUCACCUCUUGGCCCUCUCCUCCUGGUCCUCACCUGGUCUCCUCCUGAUCCUCUCCUCUUGGUCCUCACCUCUUGGCCCUCUCCUCCUGGUCCUCACCUGGUCUCCUCCUGGUCCUCUCAUCCUGGUCCUCACCUGGUCUCCUCCUGGUCCUCACCUCUUGGCCCUCUCCUCCUGGCCCUCUCCUCCUGGUCCUCACCUGGUCUCCUCCUGGUCCUCUCCUCUUGGUCCUCACCUCCUGGCCCUCUCCUCCUGGUCCUCACCUGGUCUCCUCCUGGUCCUCUCCUCUUGGUCCUCACCUCUUGGCCCUCUCCUCCUGGUCCUCACCUGGUCUCCUCCUGGUCCUCUUCCUCUUGGUCCUCACCUCUUGGCCCUCUCCUCCUGGUCCUCACUUGGUCUCCUCCUGGUCCUCACCUGGUCUCCUCCUGGUCCUCUCCUCUUGGUCCUCACCUCUUGGCCCUCUCCUCCUGGUCCUCACCUGGUCUCCUCCUGGUCCUCUUCUCUUGGUCCUCACCUCUUGGCCCUCUCCUCCUGGUCCUCACCUGGUCUCCUCCUGAUCCUCUCCUCUUGGUCCUCACCUCUUGGCCCUCUCCUCCUGGUCCUCACCUGGUCUCCUCCUGGCCCUCUCAUCCUGGUCCUCACCUGGUCUCCUCCUGGUCCUCACCUCUUGGCCCUCUCCUCCUGGUCCUCACCUGGUCUCCUCCUGGUCCUCUCCUCUUGGUCCUCACCUCUUGGCCCUCUCCUCCUGGUCCUCACCUGGUCUCCUCCUGGUCCUCUCCUCUUGGUCCUCACCUCUUGGCCCUCUCCUCCUGGUCCUCACCUGGUCUCCUCCUGA